CUGGAUCUUUCGCUCUAUUGUGGCUGGAACAAUGAUGGCCAAGCGUAGAGGGCUUAAAAACCCUAGAACCAGACAGACAGACAUCGAGCUACAGGAGAGACAACAACUAACAGAGAGGAGAACGCUGACACGGGUCUCUCCUUGAUGCUGUUCUCUCUUGUAAACGGGGCCACACUGUGUGGCGCAGCGGCCCUCGUGCUCCUCCUCAUCUCCACAGCAACGGACUACUGGAUGCAGUAUCGCUACUCAGGAAACGCAGCCAGUCAGGGCCUCUGGAGGUUCUGCAUCAAUCACAAGUGCCACGCCCACACUCUCAUUGUGGCAUUCUGGGAUGCCACACGAGCCUUUAUGCUGCUGUCAGUUUUGAGUGCUUUUGCUGGAGUGGUUUUGGGCAUUGUUGCAUUUAACAGGCCGAGGAGCCGACAAAUACAGACCGGGGGGAUCGCGCUGCUCCUGUCUGGAUUCUUUGCGCUUCUGGCUUUGACUAUCUACACUGGAGUGACGGUCAAUUUCUUUGGCAAGCGUUACAUUGACUGGAGGUUCUCAUGGUCGUAUAUCUUGGGUUGGAUUGGCAUAAUUUUGGCUUUGGGGGCGGGUGCUUUGCAGCUUUGUGCAUACCGGAGAAACAUCGCUGAACCUGCACCAGCCAGCGUUUCGGACAGCUGAAAUACAGCCUGAACUUCUCAACAAAUGAAACGCUUUAUUCUGGAUUUAUGGCAUCCUGUACAAGAUCUCAAACAUCAUGUGACAUCUCAUUACAAAAACAUUCAAAAGAGCAUUUAAAUAAUGGACACAACAGACACUGGAUGAAAUAAACUGCUUUUGG